GCCCAAGAUUUUCCUCAUUGUCGAUAUAGGCAGCAGCAACGUCACGGUUCCUGGCAUCUGACAAGUCAUCUUUUAAGGAUUGAUGCAUUCCAGCAGUCAUGCAGCAGGCUAUGGGGUUCAAAGGUCACACGUACACUAAACUUCGGGAGUUCAAUCGUAGAGAGGUUGCCAAACUCAAUAUGCAAGAUGUCUGCUAUGAAUUUUGGACAAAAGAGCUUCAAACCUCGACCACCUGAAAAGGGCAGCUUUCCUUUGGAUCACGAUGGUGAAUGCAAGAAGUUUAAACAGCUUUUUAUGGAGUGCCUAAGAACAAAUAAAGGCGAUAACAAGAAAUGUCGUCUCGAAACCAAGGAUUACUUGCAGUGCAGGAUGGAAAGUGACCUUAUGGUAAAAGAGCCUUGGAAGAAGCUUGGGUUUGCGGAUCUUGAAUCAAAGAAAGAGAACAAUGGCCAGCAAUGAACAGCGAGGGUGCCAGAUAUCGCUGUUCUCUGCCAUUUGGUCCAACAACCUCAAAGGGAACUGUAUAUUGUCUCUCUGUGAUUUAUCCAUUGACGAGUUCGGUUUUUUAAAUGCAUUACGCAUGUGAACUAGAGCAAUGAUGGUGGCCGGCAGGAGGCAGAUCAAAUGAAACGGAGGAGAGAACUCAGAAGACCAUAUUCAUAAUCAAACUGAGUUGGAUGAACGGAAAUAUCUGGUUAAAUGAAAUUAGCACUCACUCCCCUCCAUGCUACAAAUGGAAAACUUUCAACCAAUGGUUUGAUUGUGAGAGGACAGAGAACUGUGGCGACUUGACAGAAGAUGUAUCCAUCAAGCACUCCAACGACCAGCUUGACGAUCUCGUGGCGACUCUUGUAAGACUAGGGCAAUUUGCAAAUAUAGGGCAAACUUAAUAUCAAUAGAGUUGGGCCAUCCAAGGUGUAAAGGCCCGGGCACGCAGGCCUCGAUAACAAGAACAAUAAUGAGAAUUGAGAAUGUUAACAAUGCAUGCCCUCGAUUGGUUAUUCUGCAUGGAGCAUUUCAACCGAUAGAGUUCGUUCUCCUUGGGUCGUGAUUGUUUUCGUUAUCGCCGCCGUGUGACUUGGCCAACUUAAGUAGUUGGGCUGGCGGUCAAACUUGAGUGUUAAGGCCAACUACUUAAGUUGGGAUGGAAUAUCUUUAUUCUUUACAUAAAAUUUGACUCCCAAAAUAGUAUCAUUGCAAUGGUUCAAUAUCAGCUCUUAUACACGUAAAUCAUGAUUGGCAUUAAGAAUCUCUCUGACACUGAUUAUUGAAGAAUCUUAUUUUUAUUAUGAUUCAAAACUCUUUUAAGUCCAAUAUUUUUGAAGUGAGAGCUCAUAAAAAAGUUGGUUCAACCAGACUACAUUAAAACAUGUCUUAAAAAAGAGAAAAGUUUCAUUGGAGCAAAAUCGUUUCUUUUAUUGUAAAUCAUUUUACAAUUUUUAAGAAAACUGUAACAAGAUGUAUGAUAUUUUAACAAUAUAAAGUAAUAGACCAGAAGGGAAACCGAGUGGUUGAUUC